GCCUCGAAUUUCUCUUCUCUGCAUCUUGCUCAGCUCAGCUCAGCUCAGCUCAGCUCAGGCUUGCUCAGCCCCUCCCAUCGGCUCGAUCAGACGCACCGAGCAACGUUUUGCAAGCUUGCUACACGCCGCAUCAGGCUCAAGCUCAAGCUCAGGCUCUUCCGACUCAGAAUGUCGCAGUAUCAAUCUCAGUAUGCGCCGCUAAGGACAGGAUUCCUGGCACCGCCAGGUCAGGCUAGACCUCGUGUCACCAUCUCGCGCUACGCCAAGGAUCAGAUAAACUUUGUGCUGGACGGGGUGGACCUCUCCUUUGCGAACGCUCUGAGGAGAACAAUGAUUGCGGAUAUACCCACUUGCGCGAUCGAUAUGGUCGAAAUUCAGGAGAACACUACAGCUCUGCCCGACGAAAUGUUGGCUCAUAGGUUGGGCAUGGUGCCUCUGAUCUCGACGGAUGCUAUGAGGAGCUUGGUGGAACAAAGAGACUGCGCAUGCGAAGAGGGCUGCUCCAAAUGCUCCAUCGAGCUGACGCUCAAGGCGCGCGCGACCAGCAACAUGAGAGCUUCGGAUUCCAUGCAAGUCACCUCCAAGGAUCUCAUCCGGAGUCCCGGACUGGGUCAGGGUGGACUGGGAGGACCUACAGAUGACAUCAACCCGUAUGAGGAACCUACACCAGAGGUUGCGAAUAGGGCCAGUAACUUUGGAUGUCCGGUGGGAUAUAACGAUGCGUCGAGCGACGGCAUCAUCCUGGUCAAGUUGAAAGCUAAUCAAGAGAUCCGAGCGCGCUUGGUCGCUCGCAAAGGAUUCGCAAAGGAGCACGCCAAGUGGUCUCCCGUCAGCGCCAUCGGUUUCGAGUACGAUCCGCACAACGUCUUGCGCCACACUUCCUUGUGGCACGAGCGCGAUGCGCUGGCGGAAUGGCCCUUGAGCGAGAAUGCAAAGGAUGAGGAACCGCCGGCUAGGGAUGUGGAGGGAAGAGUGACGGAGAGCUUCGACUUUCGAGCCAAACCUGGAAGAUUCUACUUUGAUGUGGAGACCGUGGGAAGCAUGUCGCCCGAAGAGGUCGUCGAGACUGCGCUCAAUAUACUCGAGCUACGCACAGCUCAAAUCAUUCAGGAAUUGACGACGGGCGAGGUAGGACAAGGCAUGAAUGGUUUUGGCGAGCACGAGCAGCAGCAGCAGCAGCAGCAGGGCAUGGAGAAUGGUGACGGAGCGAUGGGCAUGAAUGGAGCAGCAGGAGGGUACGGAGCCAUGUCGAAUGGCAGCAACAAUGGCGGCGGCAACGCGUAUGUUGGACAGAAUGGGGCGUCGACGGCGGGACAUGCUUAUGCUGCGGGCGGGGGAGGUGGAAUGAACGGAGGGAGCGCGGCUGGCGGAGAGUACGCUUAUUAGGCUUGUCUCUCUCUCUCCCGCCUUGCUCCCCGCCCCACUCGACGAUCCACGAAGGAUGCUAGCGCGCG